AUGCGGCUACUAAAGAUUGAGUCAGGAACGCUGGAGGAGUUUACUGACGAAACUCGCGUGUCCUAUGCUAUCCUCUCGCACCGAUGGGACGACGAUGAGGUCCUAUUCCAGGACAUCACGCUGGGAACGGCGCCCUUGAAAAAGGGCUGGCAAAAGGUGGAAAACUUCUGCAGCAUCGCUGAGAAGGAAGGAUUCCGCUACGUUUGGAUCGAUACAUGCUGUAUCGACAAGUCGUCAAGUACUGAGCUUUCCGAGGCCAUCAACUCCAUCCUGCAAUAA